AGAUAAAUAUAAAAAAAUUUCCAUUGUUUUCUUAAUUUAUAACUUGUGUAUUUCAAGGUUAGGUCGUAUAGUUUUACAAAUAAUUUUCAAAGAAUAUAGUGAAAAAUGCAUCGAGUUUUCGUUUAUGGUACCCUUAAAAAAUGUGAACCCAAUCAUCAUUGGCUAACCGAUACGAAAAAUGGUGUUUCAAAAUUUAUUGGAGAUGGUGAAACAUUAGAAAAAUACCCUUUAGUAAUCGCUACUAAAUACAAUAUUCCAUUUUUAUUGUACAAACCUGGUACUGGAAACAACGUAAAAGGUGAAAUUUAUGAAGUUGACGAGAAAAUGUUAAAAAAUUUGGAUAUAUUGGAGGAUCAUCCAAAUUUUUAUGAACGUGAUCAAUAUUUAUUGAAGAAUUUACAAACAAAUGAAACUAAUCAAUGUUGGGUAUACUUUCUAAAAAAAUUUCAACCAUACUUGUUAGAAAAAGAAUUUUAUACUUCGUACAGUAACAAUGGUAGCCAUGGUUUAAAAUAUAGUGAAAGUAACAAUGAAUCAACAUUGGAUGACUUAUAAAAUUAAGACGAAAAUACAGCAAGAUAUUUUUUUAUUGGCGACAACUAUUUUUAUAACAGAUUUCAUUUUUUUUUUUUUUUUUUUUAAUAUAAUAUUGAAGACAUCUUUUUAACAAAUUAAUUAUUGAAUAUUGGAUUUAAAAAAAAUUAGUUUUUUUAACGGAAUUGUCAGUUAAGAUUCAGACACAUUGAAACAUAAUAAAUUAUAUUUUCAUUAAAGUGUAUUUUCCUUUUUUUAAAUGUUUUCUUUUUUAUAUAUAAAUUUUU